AUGACUGACCAGAUCAUCCUCUACGAUGCUCCAUCGAAAGCACCUCGCCGGUCGUUCAGCCCGAAUACAUGGAAAGUGCGAGCUAUACUCAACUACAAGAACAUCCCAUACCGCACCGAAUGGCUAGAAUUCCCCGACAUCCGACCCACCCUGAAGUCCUUCGGCAUCCCACCGAACGACCCAAGCGAACACUUCGACCACUCCAUUCCCGCUGUCAAGCUCCCAGAUGGUACCUUCGUCAUGGAAUCUGCGCAAGUUGCUCAAGCUCUUGAGAAGUACCAGCCAGAUCCGCCAGUCUACCCUGACAGCGAAAGUGCCAUCCGUGCCCAAGAACUCGUCACGCAGUUCGGGAACCGCCUCUCAGUAGCAUAUCUCCACAGACUCCCAGACAUGCUCCUCACCCCAGAGUCAGCCAAAUGGUACCACGAAGCUCGGACAAGGUUGAUUGGCGCAAGUCUUUAUGAUCUUCGAGACAGCCCUGAUUUGGGCGAAGGUGUCGCUUGGAAGAAUGCAGAGCCCACCUUCGCCGUGUUGAAGGAGUUUCUCAGCGAGAAUCCGGAGGGGCCGUAUGCAAUGGGUCAGCAAGUCAGCUAUGCGGACUUUGUGCUAUUGGGGUUCUGGAAGAUUCUGGGAAAGAUUGAUGUGGAGGGCGAUUUGUUUGGGAGGGUUAUGGAGAUGGAUAGGAAGUUUGAGGAGCAUGAGAGGGCUUGUCGGAAGUUCUGUGAGAAGGAUGAUUGA